AUGGAAGCCCCUGUCGACGUAUCAGUAGUCAUAGUUGGAGGAGGAUCUUGCGGGCUUAGUCUCUCAAUCUUCCUUUCCGACUUGGGCGUCGAUCAUGUCCUGUAUGAAUGCCACCCCGGGACCUCGAUUCUCCCAAAAGCGCACGUCAUUAACCAGCGAACCCUGGAGAUCUUUCGUCAACAUGGCUUGGCUGCCGAGGUUCUCGCCAAGGGUACACCACCCUCCCAAAUGAGCCAAGUGCUGUGGCAGACGUCCUUGGGCGGCGACGGUCCCCUCGAUAGAAAGGUACUGGGGUCUAUCGAAACCUGGGGUUGCAAGCCAGGGAGCGAACGAAGGAGCACCUACGAGCGGUGUGCUCCUCAUCUCCCGACCAACCUACCCCUGCUUCGCCUCGAGCCUAUUCUCCGGCAGGCAGCAGAGGACAGAAACCAGGGCAAGGUUCUCUUCAAGCACACCGUCACGAGCUUCCAUGAUGCAGGUGACCAUAUCGUCGUCCAUUUCAAAGAUGACAAGGGCCAGCAAAGCACAUGUCGAACUCGAUAUCUCAUUGGUUGCGACGGAGGCAAGACAAUUGGGCCGCAGCUGGGCAUUGAGAUGGACGGUCCCACAGGACUGCGCCGAGUCGUCUCUGCGCACUUUAAAGCUGACCUAUCACCGUACUGGGACGACCGGACUGGCAUUGCUCACUUCGCCAAUCCAGAGUUCGGUUUAGGGAUGCGGAGCGGCUCUCUGCUUCCCUUGGGUCCGACUUGGGGACGACGUUCGGAAGAAUGGCAAAUGCAUUUCAGUAUCGGAAUCGACGACCCACAAGUCCCAAGAGAGGGUGUUGAGGACCGUAUCCGCAAGUUACUCAAGUUGCCGCAUCUUCAGAUAGAAAUUUUGAGCUUCAGCAACUGGGUUCUGGAGCGCGUGUUGGCUCAAAAAUACCAGCAAGGCCGCGUCUUCAUCGGUGGAGAUGCAGCUCACCGUCACCCUCCAACGACUGGGUUGGGCCUCAACACAGCAGUCCAGGACGCUCACAAUUUGGCCUGGAAACUCGCCUACACUCUGCAGGGAAAGGCAUCUCCAGCUCUCCUCGAGACCUACGAGCUCGAACGGCUUCCCAUUGGGAAGAGAAACUGUGACUGGGCCUUGUUCACUUCCAGGUGUCACGCAUUCAUCGCCACUGCAAUUGGCCUGGAGGAGGGACAAAAGGAAGCUAACAAAGCUCGUGUCAGCCUACUCUUAAAUGAGAAUUCAGAAAUCGGACGGGCAGCUCGUGCGCAGCUCCAAUACAUCAUCGACGGCCAGGCCAUCGAAUUUGGCGCCCACGAAAUGGACCUUGGCUUCAGCUACCAGCCAGGAGGUGCUUUCGUGCCAGAUCAAGCCGCUCCCCUUACUCAGCACCCUCGACAUCAGAUUUACACGCCGACCACACGGCCUGGCCACCGCUUACCGCACGGUUGGCUGGAGCGCGAUGGAAAAGUCUUAUCAACUAACGACCUCGUCGGCCGCCAUGGUGCGUUUCUUUUGAUCACGGACAGAGAAGGUUCGGUCUGGGUUGAUGCGGCCCGACAGGCAGCAAAAUCUAGAUGCAUCAGACUAAAAAUUGCUCAGAUUGUUGAGCCCUUGACAAGGAGACAGGAAGAAGAGUACUGUGACAUAGAGUCACAGUGGUCACAGGUCAAGGAGAUUAAGAACGGAGGCGCGAUUCUUGUCCGUCCGGAUAAUAUUGUUUUCUGGAGGUCCGUGAAUCCAGAGCUUACAGUCGACUUGUCUGCUGUUUUUGAUAAAAUUCUGGGUUGUCCGUGGCAUAACCAUAGCUAG